AAUGGCAUUUAGUUAAAAAUUUGACAUUCCCGUAGUUCGUGUUUGUUUUUCGCGACCAUAUUUCCUUAAAUUUUGCGUCGAGAAAGCGCUUCAAGUGCUCGGAAAUGAUUGCAAAGGGCAGAUGAACCAUGUUGCAGUGAUUUCAAAUUGAAUUACCUUCGUUUUUUUGCGAAUACGGUGCAAAACUUUGUGUAAUUGUGCAUAGUUGGCGUGACAUACUAAGUCUCCGAAAAUCGACUUGUGCAAAGAGCAGUGAGAAAUACCCUGAUUUCAGAAUGAGUGAAUCUACAAUUUUAGGAGAUGCCCACAAUUCAUCAGCGAAACCCAUUUAUGCCGUUCAUGUAACAGCAGUUCCGCAAGUGGCUUCGGCGAUAGACCCAUUGAGUCAUGUUGGCGAUGGCAUAUUUCUACAAACGAAAACAGCACAGGGUUUGGCAGGUGCUUUCGUCUGGGUAGCUUUAUUCCUCACAUGUCAACAGAUCUAUCAACAUUUGCGAUGGUACACAAACCCCCAAGAGCAGCGAUGGAUAGUUAGAAUACUCUUUAUUGUACCAAUUUAUGCAACAUAUUCUUGGAUCAGUUUACUAUUUUUUAAUUCUGAAAGCGUCUAUGUGUAUUUUUUCACAGUAAGGGAUUGCUAUGAAGCCUUUGUAAUAUACAAUUUUUUAUCUCUCUGUUAUGAAUAUUUGGGUGGUGAGGGGAACAUCAUGUCCGAAAUAAGAGGGAAGCCGAUUAAGUCCUCUUGUUUGUACGGCACUUGCUGUUUGACAGGGAAAACAUACACAAUCGGAUUCUUGCGAUUCUGUAAACAAGCGACUUUGCAAUUCUGCUUGGUCAAGCCGUUAAUGGCGUUCAUCAUUAUAUUCUUACAAGCAUUUGGCCACUACCACGACGGUGACUGGAGCGCUGAUGGUGGAUACAUUUAUAUAACGAUUAUCUACAAUAUUUCGGUUUCGUUGGCUUUAUAUGGUUUAUACUUAUUUUAUUUUGCAACGAAAGACUUAUUGACACCAUUCGAACCUGUUCUGAAAUUCUGCACCAUCAAAUCCGUUAUCUUUUUAUCGUUUUGGCAAGGAGUUGGGCUAGCCAUUCUUGAAAAAGCGAAGGUUAUAUCUCCUAUCAUCGACAGUGACGGGGCUCAAACAUCAGCUGGUACAGUGUCAGCAGGAUAUCAAAACUUUUUCAUUUGUAUUGAAAUGUUGUUUGCCGCUAUUGCUCUCAGAUACGCAUUCCCCUACCAGGUUUAUUCUCGUAGCUGCAUUGGUGAUGCGCAUGGACGCUCUGUUACAAUGCAAUCAAUAUCAAGCAGCCUAAAGGAAACAAUGAAUCCAAAAGACAUCAUGACUGAUGCUAUACAUAACUUCCACCCACAAUAUCAACAGUACACUCAGUAUAGCUCAGAAGUAACAUCAAACCAACGAUAUGAAAAACUCUAACGAUCAGCGACGCUAUGCUUGUGACUUUUGCCCACUGUUUUUAUUUAAGAGGAAACAAGAGAUUUAGAUAAUUCGAGAUUUGACGAUAAAACGUAAAUGUUAAUGCCACCUAAUAUUCCUUCGCUUAAAUCACCCCCAGAGCAGGUCAUGUUCGCUUUCUCAGAGUUAAAACAAUUACUGUAUAUUUCGAAGUAGCAUACACGAUUCUAUAUUGCGAAAGUAUAGUUAAGUUUUAGGACCAGGACAACGCUGCAAUUUUGCUUAUAGGCUUUAAUAGAAACACCACAGGUGAACAUAUACUGUAAUGAAGUUGAUUAUUUAUAUAUAACCGGUAAUGUUCAAUUCCUCGUACAGACGGGUUUCAUUUUCAUGAGAUAGUUCUAUCGACGAUUACGAACCCAAUAAUUAUGCUACGAAAAAGUCUCUUUAAAACGAAAAAAUACAAUGGUGCCUAAAUCUAUGUGUUUGCUAAUUUCCUGUGGUGGCUGGUGGUUAGAAUGAUAUGAAGUAAAAUAGUAUGAAGGAUUCCUUCCUCCAAAACUGUACCUAAGCAACUUAAACCUUUCUACAUAUUUCGUAGCAUUUUAUGGUAAAAGUUCAAAAUCGAGCUUUAAUUUACAAACGGAAAAUUAUAGAUUAAGUGACGUUGGUCGGACUUGUACAUUGCACAUGCAAAUAGAAUCUGUGCUUAAGCAUCCCAUCAUGAAUGUUUUGACAUAAUUUGCAAAAUUUCUUAUUUUUUCGCAACACAGGCAAUUAUGAAAAUAUCAAUAAUCCUAGGUUUCGUAGAGAUGAAUUCCUAAAUCGUUUAACCAAGAAAUGUUUAAUUUAAAAAGAUAAUUUUGACUCCUUGAGUGGUUUUAUUUGAACCCAACCCCAUGUAAGCAAUAAAGACUAAAGCAAAUAUUCGUUUCAGCAUGAAAAGCAUGUCGAAGCUGUAUGUAUUAUAAUUAGUAUCUCUUAAUGUGAAUGGCGCAGCUCUUUAUGGUAAAAAAGAAAGUAAAUGCAGAGAACCGUCUUUGACUAAUAUCGAGCAUUGCCUUCGUUGUAUAGUUCAUCCAUUAGUUUUAGUUCUUUUGUAUUAUGUAUGUUUAUAUUAAUGUGAUAUACUUUUUUUUUUGUUUUUCUGCUCUAUUAAUGCAAAAUCCUGAAAUAUAUUUAGCAUUAAAUCAUU